AUGGAGCGACCACAGGGAUGCACGCGAGAAGUAUACGAGCUGAUGCGAAAGUGCUGGCAGUGGAACUUUCAGGACAGGCCAACCUUCAAAACCAUACUCCACGACUUAGAACACAUGUUUCAGGCGGAACAGCAAAAACAAGUCGACGUUAACAACAAUAAUGUCGAGGUCGAGGUGGUUGAUAAGCAGGUUCAAGUAGAACAACAAUUGAACAGUUGGGUCAGAAGUAGUGUUCCGACGCGGCGCAGCAAAUGUCGCCGUAGCAACCCCCCGGCUGGGUCGGUCAUCAGCUCCCUUAGGAAUGAUGACAGCCGCGCAACCAGCUCUCGGACGUGUGUUGACAGCUAG